GAAAUUGGCCUUCUUCCCCUUCCUUCCUCCCUUCUCCUUCUCUGCAAGACAAUCCAAAAGCAGAGGAGCUUCCUCUGAAAAACUCCGCUCCCUCACCCCACACAGAAAAUUCCGCCAAACGCGGCCUUACCCACUUCUCCUCUCCCGCCAUAGAUUCCACCUCCUACUUCUUCCUCUUCACCUCUUCAAAAAAGCUUCCAUCUUUCUCUCUUUCUCUGCGGAGACCCAACAAAUUAAUGUUGCUACUGCUGCUCUGAAAUUGUUGUGCGAAACGAGAUAAAAAUGGCUUUCCAAGACCACAUGUCGCAAGAAAUGGGCUUCCAGCCGCCGCCGCCGCUCUCCGCGGCCUCCGCCGGGCCUUCGUGGCUGAACAGCGCCGUCCUCCGCCGCGGCGACGGCAGCGACAGGAGCGAGAACGACAGCAACAACAACAACAACCACCACCACCACGGCGGCGGAGGUGGGGAAGGUGAGCUUCUGGACGGCGGCGGGGGAGUGGGGGAUUGGGAGAGGGCGAAAUGCAAGGCGGAGAUACUCUCCCACCCGCUGUACGAGCAGCUGCUGGCUGCACACGUGGCAUGCCUGAGAAUCGCCACGCCGGUCGACCAGCUGCCCAGGAUCGACGCUCAGCUGGCUCAGUCGCAGGAAGUGGUGGCGAAGUACUCCGUCGUCGGUAACGGCCCCGUCGUCGACGAGAAGGAGCUUGAUCAGUUCAUGGAUUUCUGCUUAGUUUAUGGUUUUGGGGAAGAUUUGAGAUACUUGGUUAGAGGAUUGCUUGCUAAUCAGACGCAUUAUGUUCUGUUGCUUUGUUCAUUCAAAGACCAACUCCAACAACAUGUCCGAGUCCACGCCAUGGAGGCUGUCAUGGCUUGCUGGGAGCUCGAGCAAGCCCUCCAGAGCCUCACAGGUGUAUCUCCAGGAGAAGGCACAGGCGCUACGAUGUCAGACGAUGACGAUGAUCAAGUAGACAGCGAAGCCAACAUGUACGAAGGAAGCUUGGAUGCGAUGGACACCAUGGGAUUCGGUCCACUCGUCCCUACUGAAACCGAGAGGUCGUUGAUGGAGCGAGUGAGGCUGGAACUGAAGCAUGAGCUCAAACAGGGUUACAAGGAGAAGCUAGUGGACAUAAGAGAGGAGAUUCUUCGUAAGAGAAGGGCAGGGAAACUGCCUGGAGACACCACAUCAGUGUUGAAAUCUUGGUGGCAGUCGCAUUCCAAGUGGCCAUAUCCAACUGAGGAAGACAAAGCGAGGCUGGUUCAAGAAACGGGGCUGCAGUUGAAGCAGAUAAACAACUGGUUCAUCAACCAAAGGAAGAGGAACUGGCACAGCAACCCAUCUGGGUCUACUGUCAAGAGCAAAAGAAAGAAGUAAAAGCUCAAACCUUUUCCCCACCCUCUUCUAGUUACACUUGGUCGGUUCGUAAACCAAGUAGACAACGAAAGAGAAAGAGAGCUUCUUGUGCAUAUAUUGGAAAGGGGUUCGUUCCACGGCAGAAUGAUGAUCACAGGAAAGAGUUGCAUGGCUGUGUGGGUUAGGAACACAGCCUUAUAGUACAUUUUCUUCUUUUCCCCCCUUUUUUGCUGAUAGAAGAAAGCUCUAUUUGAAGUAUGGAGAGGCUGGUCUUAUUGUUGUGUUAGUACUUAGUAGUGAACCUCUCUUUAGGUUGGCUUCAGAACCUCACAAUAUGGUUGGAACUUCUAGUUGACAGAUGAAAACAGCUGAAGAGAGAGUGCCUGCAGAGAUUUAUGAUGCUGUCUGUUUAUACUUGUAAGGUAAUGAGAUCUGUGAGAGGGAAGGAGGUUAAAAUAGCAUGUCUGUCUUUCUUUGUAGUGAGAUCCACAGGUUUAUGUAAUAUUUUCCUUUUGGCAAAAAUAUUGAUAGUUCUUGGUUGCUGUUGCAUAUGAUUGACUCUGUAUGAAUGUGGAUUAGAGGAAAUACAAGUUGAUAAAGUGGGAAAUAGUGAUUAAAAGUAUAUAUAUAUAGUCUUAUGCCCUAGGAGCUUGCUAGAGGCUUGACUUAGCUUCUCUCUUGUCAAUUCACGAGUGGUUGAUAGAUCAAAAGAAAAGUUUACAUAGGGUACUAAUAAUUGAUCACUU